AUGAAUGCAGGUAGGUCAUCUUCCCUGGAUACGGAACUCCAGUCUCUGACGCUUGAUGGCAACGAAGCGGUCCCCCGUAACAACUUCGAAGAUGUCGAUGACAAGGAAGCCGAAGAGCGCAACAUUCAAACAGGAAACCUAGUGGAAUGCCAGUGCUGUUUCGAAGAGGUCCCCGCGAACAAAGCCUUGCCGUGUGAAGGACUUGAGGUUCAUUUCUUCUGCUAUACUUGCAUGAAGUCUUCGGCAGAGACACAAAUUGGGAUGAUGAGGUACAAGCUACAAUGUUUUGACGGAAGUGGAUGUCAGGCAAAGUUUGAUCGGUACGGGCUUGAGCGUGCCUUGGGAGCGAAGAUCAUGCAAAAGCUCGAUGCUCUGCAGCAGCAGGACGAGAUUGAGCAAGCUGGGUUGGAAGGCCUUGAGUCCUGUCCCUUCUGCGACUUCCAGGCGAUAUGUGCUCCCGCAGAUGAGGAUCGAGAGUUUCGAUGCAGGAACCCUGACUGCGAAGUGGUUAGCUGUCGUUUGUGUAAGGAGAAAAGUCAUCUCCCGAGCAGCUGCGACGAGGCUAGGAAAGACAAGCGACUUCCAUACCGCCAUCGCGUGGAGGAGGCUCUGAGUGAGGCACUCAUUCGGCCUUGUCCAACCUGCAAGGUCAAGAUUGUCAAAACUGAUGGCUGCAACAAGAUGACCUGCUCGAAAUGCGGGACUCAGAUGUGCUAUGUCUGCAACGUCAAACUCGGUGCCACCUACGAACACUUCAACCGA